AUGAGGUCGUUGGCGUUGACGAUUUCAUCUUUUCUCUUAACCGCUCUAAUAUGCGCUGCGGCCGACAUUGGAUUUCUGGUUCCUCCCAGCGCUGGUAUUAACAACAACUUCCGCGACAACCCGCAGUAUCAAACCGGCGAGAUAAUAAACAUAACAUGGGCAAUCGAUUCUCUUGCGGUGGACUUAUUACUCGUGAUACAGCUACCUAACGAAGCUGAUACUCCAGCGGAAAAAUAUGACGAUAUAACCCUUCAGAGACUCUUCCCAGAAAAGUACUAUCGUUGGGUAGUUGAUCUCGAGGGAUUUGAUACAGCAAAACGGGUUCUAGACGACAAAGGCCAGGUCGUACUAUUCUUCCUCAUUUCCGAGCCAGGCCAGGGACAAAACUAUACCAUUCGCUCUCAUUACUUUAACGUGACGAAUCCUGCCUCCACCACAGCUUCGCCUACGACAAUGCAAUCAACACCAGCUACAAUCCCCAUAUCAACUGCCACCACCACUACACCCCCUCGGGAGGAUUCUGUUACUGCAAAGUCGCCUUCUGCUGCAGUGAUCGGGGGAGCUGUGGGUGGAUCCAUAGGUGGUCUUCUCGUUCUAGCGGGGCUUGCUUACUUCGUUUGGCGGCACUUUCGAAAUAGGAAAACUAUACCAGGCGCAGGCGGGUCAAUAAUGCAUAACCGUACCUCACAGAUGACAAUGCAGAAGCAUGAAGGAUGGAGAAGAUCCGAGUUGGAUAGCUCGCCACCACCGGCCAUAUACGAAGUUCCAUGA